AUGGCAUUGGAAGUUGAGUCAACCGACGUCAUUCGGCUUAUCCAACAGUACCUAAAGGAGAAUAAUCUGCUACGCUCUUUGGCAACAUUACAGGAGGAAUCGGCAAUUGCUCUCAACACCGUAGACAGUGUGGAAAGUUUUGUUUCAGAAAUUCAUAAUGGACACUGGGAUAGCGUCCUUCAGGCUAUUCAGUCACUGCGCUUGUCGGAUAAGAAGUUAAUUGACCUAUACGAGCAGAUUGUCAUAGACCUUAUUGAAAUGAGAGAACUUGGAGCGGCUCGCUCAUUGCUGCGUCAAACUGAUCCAAUGAUUAAGCUUAAGGAUCAGCAACCGGAUAGAUAUUUAUACUUAGAAAAUUUAUUGGCACGCCCUUACUUUGACUCUAAAGAAGCUUAUCCUGAUGGCAGUAGCAAAGAAAAAAGAAGACAUGCUAUAGCUCAAGCCCUAUCUAGCGAAGUUACGGUGGUUCCUCCAUCUAGAUUGUUAGCUUUAAUUGGUCAGGCUCUCAAAUGGCAACAACAUCAGGGAUUGCUACCUCCUGGUACGUCUAUUGAUGUUUUCAGGGGAAAGGCAUCUGUAAAAGGAGAAGAAGAGGAGAAAUACCCUACACAAUUAAAUCGUACUAUCAAGUUUGGACAAAAGUCCCUGGUAGAGUGCGCUUGUUUCUCACCUGACGGGCAAUAUUUGGUCACUGGUACAAUUGAUGGAUUUAUUGAAGUCUGGAAUUUCGUCACUGGAAAGAUAAGGAAAGAUUUAAAAUAUCAAGCUGAGAACAACUUUAUGCUCAUGAACGACGCGGUAUUGUGCCUAUGCUUUAGCAGAGAUAGCGAGAUGCUAGCUACUGGUAGUCAAGGGGGUAAGAUCAAGGUCUGGAAACUACAAAGUGGUCAAUGCCUGAGAAGGUUUGAGCAUGCACAUACAAAAGGCGUUACAUCACUAUGUUUUUCUCGAGAUUCAAGCCAAUUGCUUAGUGCAUCGUUUGAUCAAGCAAUUAGAAUUCAUGGCUUGAAAUCUGGGAAAACUUUGAAAGAGUUUCGCGGUCAUACGUCGUUCGUGAAUAAAGCUAUUUACAGUGCUGACGGGCAUCAAAUUAUUAGUGCAAGUAGCGAUGGCACCGUUAAAAUUUGGAGUACGAAAACAACGGAAUGCCUUAAUACUAUCAAGCCUGCAAUCGGCAAUGUCACUACAGAAAUUACAAUAAAUUCCGUAGCUUUGUUACCUCGUAGCGUGGAUCAAUUUAUUGUGUGCAGCCGUACUAGUACUGUAUUGAUUAUGAAUAUUCAAGGACAGAUUAUUCGUAGCUUUACGUCAGGUAAACGCGAAGGUGGAGAUUUUAUGUGUUGUUCUGUAUCCCCAAGAGGAGAGUGGAUUUAUUGUAUAGGUGAAGAUAAAGUGUUGUACUUUUUUAAUGCUACAAGCGGUAAGCUUGAAGGAACUUUAACGGCACACGACAAGGAUGUUAUUGGAGUGGAGCAUCAUCCGCAUCAAAAUAUCAUUUGCACAUUCAGUGAAGAUUGUCAGCUUCGUUUGUGGAAACCUUAA